CAUUUGAAGACAAGAAGUACUGUGGAAGAAUCAACUGAGCAACAUGAAAAUUUUGAAAAUGCAGAAUCUAAGUGCCCGAAAAUGGAAGGUCUUCACAGGGAUUAUAUGCGUGAAUUUAAAGUUGAUGAAACUUGCAAUUGGGAUAGCACAGUAGAGAAUCAAUUAGAAAAGACUAAGGAGAGAAGAAUGAAGGAAGAUAUAAAUGGCAUUAAGGAAACGUUUGGCAAAGCCAAAACUACAGCAAAUGUAAAUAUUGAGCAUGAAAAUGAGGCAUCUGAGAAAAGUUUUCAUUUGAGUUCAAAACAUACUACCCCUAACACACCCUCUGUAGAACAGGAAAGCUGUGAGCAUGACAGAUCUGUGGAAUACAUUAAUGGAAAUUCUCGCCUCCAUUUACAGCUGAAAACCAGUGCUGUUAAGAAGCUACACAAAUGUGAGGAAUGUGGGAAAUCUUUUAAAUAUAAUUCCCGCCUUGUACAACAUAAAAUUAUGCAUACUGGGGAAAAACGCUAUGAGUGUGAUGACUGUGGAGGGACUUUCCGAAGCAGCUCAAGCCUUCGAGUCCACAAACGGAUCCAUACUGGAGAGAAACCAUAUAAAUGUGAGGAAUGUGGGAAAGCCUAUAUGUCCUAUUCCAGUCUUAUAAACCACAAAAGUACCCAUUCUGGAGAGAAGAACUGUAAAUGUGAUGAGUGUGGAAAAUCAUUCAAUUAUAGCUCUGUCUUGGACCAACAUAAAAGAAUUCACACUGGGGAGAAGCCCUAUGAAUGCGGCGAGUGUGGAAAGGCCUUCAGGAAUAGCUCUGGUCUCAGGGUGCACAAAAGGAUCCACACAGGUGAAAAACCCUAUGAAUGUGAUAUCUGUGGAAAAACCUUUAGUAAUAGUUCUGGUCUCAGAGUCCACAAGAGGAUCCAUACAGGGGAGAAGCCCUAUGAAUGUGAUGAGUGUGGGAAGGCCUUCAUUACAUGCAGAACACUUCUAAACCAUAAAAGCAUUCACUUUGGAGAUAAACCCUAUAAAUGUGAUGAGUGUGAGAAAUCUUUUAAUUAUAGUUCUCUCCUUAUUCAGCAUAAGGUCAUCCACACUGGAGAGAAACCUUAUGAAUGUGAUGAGUGUGGAAAGGCCUUCAGGAACAGCUCUGGCCUUAUAGUGCAUAAAAGGAUCCACACAGGAGAGAAACCUUAUAAGUGUGAUGUCUGUGGCAAAGCAUUCAGCUAUAGCUCAGGCCUUGCAGUCCAUAAAAGCAUUCACCCUGGGAAAAAGGCCCAUGAAUGUAAGGAGUGUGGAAAGUCCUUCAGUUAUAACUCACUUCUACUUCAGCAUAAAACCAUUCACACUGGAGAGAGACCUUUUGUAUGUGAUGUGUGUGGAAAAACCUUCAGGAACAAUUCAGGCCUCAAAGUUCACAGAAGGAUCCAUACUGGUGAAAAACCGUAUAAAUGUGAUGUGUGUGGGAAAGCAUAUAUCUCACGUUCUAGCCUUAAAAAUCACAAAGGAAUCCAUCUUGGGGAGAAGCCCUAUAAAUGCAGCUAUUGUGAGAAAUCUUUCAAUUAUAGCUCUGCCCUUGAGCAACAUAAAAGAAUUCACACUAGGGAAAAACCCUUUGGAUGUGAUGAGUGUGGCAAAGCGUUCAGAAAUAAUUCAGGUCUUAAAGUACAUAAACGAAUCCACACUGGGGAGAGACCUUAUAAAUGUGAAGAAUGUGGGAAGGCCUACAUCUCACUCUCAAGCCUUAUAAAUCAUAAAAGCGUUCAUCCUGGAGAGAAGCCCUACAAGUGUGAUGAGUGUGAGAAAGCCUUCAUCACAUAUCGAACCCUAGUAAACCACAAAAAAAUUCAUCUUGGGGAAAAGCCCUUCAAAUGUGAUGUGUGUGAGAAAUCUUUUAAUUACACCUCACUCCUUUCUCAACACAAAAGGGUCCACACAAGAGAGAAACCAUUUGAAUGUGACAGGUGUGAGAAGGUCUUCAGAAACAAUUCAAGCCUUAAAGUACAUAAAAGAAUCCAUACUGGAGAGAAACCCUAUGGUUGUGAUAUUUGUGGAAAAGCCUACAUCUCACACUCAAGCCUUAUAAACCACAAAAGUACUCAUCCUGGAAACACACCAUUUACAUGUGAUGAAUGCGGCAAAGCUUUUUUCUCAAGUAGAACUCUUCUAAGUCAUAAAAGAGUCCACCUUGGGGAGAAACCUUUUAAAUGUGCUGAGUGUGGAAAAUCUUUCAGUUACAGCUCACUCCUUUCUCAACACAAGAGAAUCCACACAGGAGAGAAACCUUAUAUAUGCGACUGGUGUGGGAAGGCCUUCAGGAACAGUUCAGGCCUCACAGUGCAUAAAAGAAUUCAUACAGGUGAGAAACCCUAUGAAUGUGAUGAGUGUGGGAAGGCAUACAUCUCACACUCAAGUCUUAUCAACCAUAAAAGUGUCCAUCGUGGGAAACAGCCCUAUAAUUGUGAGUGUGGGAAAUCCUUCAAUUAUAGAUCAGUCCUUGACCAACAUCAAAGGAUCCACACUGGAAAGAAGCCAUACAGAUGUAAUGAUUGUGGGAAGGCUUUUAAUAUCAGAUCAAAUCUUACUAAGCAUAAAAGAACUCAUACUGGAGAGGAAUCUUUAAAUGUGAUAUAUGUGGGAAAUUAUAGUAGCAUAUCUCAGAGAACCUUUGAGGCAGGGAAUGUUCUGGAUGGAACUAUAAUGAGAAUCUCUCUGUAG